GUACUUAUGCAUCAAGCUCCGAACCGCCAGUUGAUCGUGUGCCGCUUGAGGGCACGAGGCUGGCGCUAGGGGACUCGCUGCGUUUCGGCUUUUGCCCUUGGAUCUACCGCUUGGAGGAUGCUCCGGCAGCGGGUGAUGCGACGGGGAAGACUGGAGAGGAGGUGAGAUGCACCUCUUCGCGUGAGGAGAG